AAGCUCCGAGAAGGUGAGAAGUACUCGAUAAACUUUUAGCGGUAAUUAAAAGAGGAAAAAUAGUGGUUAAUUUGGAUUCUCUUCUCUACAUUCUACAGUGGCUUUGCUCGGACCGGAUCUAUGCAACGAGGUUGGGUUACGGUUGCUCCUCUGGCCACUUGGUUCCAACAUUGUUACUCGUGCAGCAUGCUGCCUGUGGGAGUAGUUUUACCUGUAUACUCUACAUUUAGGGCAAUCGAAAGGAACAAUGAAAGAGAGCAGAAAAAGUGGCUUAUAUAUUGGACAGCUUAUGGAUCUUUCACCCUUGUUGAAACGUUCUCUGACAAACUUCUUUCCUGGUUUCCAUACUAUUAUCACUUCAAGUUUGCAUUUCUUAUCUGGCUUCAACUUCCAUCUACUGAAGGGGCUAAGCAAAUCUACAAGAACCACCUGCGCCCUAACUUGCUGAAACAUCAGUCUAGAGUUGAUCAACUUAUGGGCUUUGCAAGUGCCGGAAUGGCAAGAUUCAUCAGUGCUCACCAAAAAGAGUUCCGAAUUUUCCGGGCAGUACUGAUGAGGAUUUUAGGAUCAGACCCAAACGUGAGUGGUGGAACAGAACCUACUGAACCGAGAGAGCUACCUGCAAUUGAUGGCCCCGCAAGGACGAUCGCAGAUCAAGAAUCUGAUGAUGAAGACUACUAGUUUGUGUUCCCCAAAGGCGAGACCUGCAAGUUAUUAACCUCGCUUUCUCUUGUUAAAGUCUUUUAUGAUAAAAUUUAUCCUUCAACCUCCUUGAAGAGGUAGAAGCAUGAGACAUAGGCAGCAUCCUUAAUAUUUAUGGA